CAACUUGAAAUCAUAUGUCAAGCUCUCCUUGAAGGUUGCUUGCAUUUUAAAUUUUGACAGUAUUAUGUUUUUUUCUCUCUUUCUGCGUCACUGAACUUUAUUUUUUUAUCGAAUCGCUGAGUUUGGAGGAGGGAGAGCACAAAAAUGACGCAAUCAAGAAUAAUUUCGUCUUCAAAAAUCAAAAUCUUAAUAACCUACAAUAAAUUGUUGAAGACAAAAUUUAAGGUUAUGUAGUGGCCUUGGAGACCAUGAGUGAGCUGUGCAAGUUUGGUUUGUUUACCCUCAUGGUUCAAGAAGGCAUCACCUCGACUCAUGAACAAACGAUCCAUCAUCACAUUCAUAUUGGAUAUUAUCAAUGGAAGAGUUUUCUAGUUCAAGGCGUUGAAGCAGUCACAAAUGGGACAUAUUGGGCAUUCGGAAUCAUCAUACUUGGUUACUUAUUCUAUCUGAUAUUCGUGAGACAGGUCGUUGCUAAUUUAUCCGAUACCAAGAAUCCCUUCAAAAGGCUAGAAACACCACUAGAGGAUCCGAACGUGUCUGCCGAUUAUGCAAACAGCACAUCAUCUUUUUUCACACCUGAUUAUGAGGCUACACCGUUCACGGUUCCCUAUGUUCCUUCUUUCACGCUCAGCGCGGAGGAUGCGAAGCUCAUGCGACCCUCUUUACGGCAAGUGUGGUCGUUCGCCCGCGAGCCAACGAGGGGGCCGAGCGCUCUGGAGAUCCUCAAAGCGGAGAUCCAGGAGUCGCGGAGACUGCGCCACCAACUGGAGAGCGACCUCGAGAAGAUCCUGCAGGAGAACGAAGGACUCGCCACGGACAGGUCUGAUUGGGCCGAUCACCUCCUCCAAUUCAAAGUCAACAGGACAACGCUCGCGGAGAGGCUCACCGCCAGCAAAAACAGGCUGACGGCAUCAUCAAUCGCGGACCACAAAAUUUUGGAGCACCGCCUCGCCGCAUCCAAAACCGAAAUCCAGGAGCUGCAACUACAAAUCGACGAGCUGAAAAGCGAGAAGCAGUCGGCCAUCGAGAUGGUCAGCAAGAUCCUCUUCCGGCCGGACUUGCCCGGCCAUCGCCUCACGCUCGGCCAGCACGGGCACCACCCUUCCGGAAAUUACCGCAACUUCGCCGACGACAACUUCCGCAACUCCCACCCCGGCGCAGGUGCGCUCAAGUCCUCCAUCUACUUGGGCUCAACGUCGUGCGUCAACUUCACAAUUUCCAACAUCACAGAGCCCCCGCACGAGAACUGCUCUGGUCCGUUCUGUAGGAGCUCGAAAGUUCCGGAGAACGGCAUGUCUCCGGAUCCGCCUCGGAAUAUCGAUCCGGAUGGAGUGUAUGGUCCGAAUCAUAAUUGGAGACCCCAUCCGAAUCUACUCCGGAAGAACUCGGAUGGUCCCGAAAUCUGCGUCUCUCCGGAUCCGCUCCGGAACCGUGUGAACUUGAAAGUUGCAGAAAGCGACAUUUCUUUGGAUCCGCUCGCGAAUGGUGCUGCUUGUCGUCCGGAUCCUGUCGGCAGCUGUUCUAACCCGGAGGCAACUUGGAUAUGGAACCAUCAGACCGCAGAUUUACACCGGAAUAACUCAAUCUUUGAAAAUAAUCCGGAUUUGUACCGGAGCGUCGAAAAUAUAAAUAAUGUUACCGUAAACUCUUCCGGGAACUCAAUAGAAGCUGGAGGAGCUGACACGGCGCGGAAACAGCUAUUGAGUAUAGUGGAUCCAUCAAUGUCGUUUGGGGUGGAGAGCAGUGCUUUGGGCUCAAGUUUUUGUGCAGAGUUCUGCUGCAGUGAGAGCGUCGUCACACAUUCUUCGAGCUCUGAGGAGCCUGAUCGUCCGACUGGAGAGGGAUCUGUCCAAGUUGAUGUACGAGAAACAAAAGCAGACACUCAACUCGAAAACCAUCCUCGGGAGCAAGAGGGAAAUGAUCCAUCUUCAGAGGUCAUUGGGGACGGUGUGACCCCUGAGAGACCCCGUACUUGCUCCGGUCCUGUCACAGGAUCUCCUCUGUUUCAGCAAUUUCUCACGAGCUACGUCAAGAAUGCUCCACCAGAAUAAAACAUGGCCGGCCCAGUUACCUUCAUGCCAUUUCUAUUAGCAAUACUUCAACAUCCGCCACCUGUUCACGAGUUUUCUAGUCACUGUGUAGUAAAAAAAACUAAGCCAAAA